AUGCCGCCACGUCAGACCCGUAGGGAAGCGGCUGCGAGCCUUGAGCAUGAGCGUAGCGGAGUGGCUGCACUUGAGAACGCACCUGAGGAAAGCCCAGCUUGCUACGGCCCUCGCCUCGAAGCUGAGUUACAGCGAGAACUUGAGCUGAGAGAGGCGGGCGAGCGAAUCCGUCGACUACAGGAACGCCUAGAGCGUGUAGGACAAGAGGAGGCUUCUCCCCACACUCUUAGGUCGGACGAACGAAGCGUUAUGACUACUGUAAGCUCUACUUCGCAUGCUGGGGUACCACGAAGCCUAAGGUCGAGGGCGAUCCCUGAAUACCGAGUGUAA